UCAGCGUAUCACCGGAAAACACACAGCGGUCGCUGGCUGAUGACGUCGGUGAAGUAGUCUUGAAUAUCCAUCCACGAGGGUCCGGAUCCAUACUGUUCAGAGGAUUCAAAUCAUGGGGAAGCAUAAGUCCAAGAAGUAUGCGGCGAUGAAAAGAAUGAUUGGACCAAAAGAUAAUCGACUAAAGGAAAAAGAUCGUGCUAAAGGAGAAGAAAAAAUAAAGAAGGAUCCUUCAGCACUGAAGGAAAAAGAAGUGACCAAGUAUCCAUCGUGUCUGUUUUUCCAGUACAAUACUCAGCUUGGUCCACCAUACAACAUUCUGGUUGAUACCAAUUUCAUCAACUUUUCCAUCAAGGCCAAAUUAGAUGUUGUCCAGUCAAUGAUGGACUGCCUUUACGCCAAAUGUAUCCCCUGUAUUACGGACUGUGUUAUGGCUGAGCUUGAAAAGCUUGGAUUGAAGUACAGAGUGGCCCUCAGAAUAGCUAAAGAUCCUCGCUUUGAACGACUUCCCUGCACACACAAGGGGACGUACGCCGAUGACUGCUUAGUGCAGAGGGUGACGCAGCACAAGUGUUAUAUCGUUGCUACUGUGGAUCGAGAUCUAAAACGACGGAUCAGGAAGAUUCCUGGAGUGCCCAUCAUGUACAUCUCCAACCAUAGGUACAAUAUUGAAAGAAUGCCAGAUGACUACGGCGCACCAAGAUUCUGAGCCUGUUCAACCCUACCGGAUCUUUUAUUAAACUAUUCACCACUGUUUUCCAUUGACGUUGCUUAUGGAAUUUCCGUGGGUGAAUUUGGAGGAUAACUUGAUAUGCAUUACCUUUUUUUUUGUAAAUAAAAAGCAAAUCAAGUGAUAUUUUUAUUGGUUUGUACAUGUAAGAUACCAUUUUACCUGUGUUCCCAUUGAUGGUGGAAUCUCAUUUAGUUUUUUCACUAAACAUUUAUGAAGAAUGGAGCUUCAUAGUAUUGACUGGUCAACUCAGAUAGAAAUAUCUUCUGCUGUGAUAUUUUAAGAUAAUUGCUUUAGCAAUUAUGCAAUAUUCUAUAGGCUGAUUCCAUAAUGAAUAUGAUAUUGUAAUACUGCAGUUUUCUUAAUAAAGAUUGGAAAUUCAUUCAUAUUA